AUACCGGGUUACUAGUAUAUAUAUAUAUGUACUUUUUAUUUUUAUGAGGUACAUAAUCAGUGAAAUUGAAUUAAACAUCAGAGGUGUGAAAUGCAUUCAAGAAGUGCAUAUACAGAAAUACAAAACAGUCUGAACUCAGAGUAUUUGGACGGGUCAGCCUACAUGUAUCAUUGAAAGAAAAAAUGUUAAAGGUAGCGAAUUAAACAAACAAACGUUCUGUAUUGAUCGAUCUAACGACAUAGGUUGUAACCAACCAAACAAAGAGAAGGCUGAUUUAAAUGCCUGCGCAAACUUGCACACGUAAUCUGUGUCCUUUAUGAUUUAAAAAUACUCUUUUUCAACAUGUAUAACAUACCUUUUUUCAAUGUUUUGGAAGAAUAUGUACGUGUUUUGUGAUGGACAUAAACCUGUGAUUAAGUCACAAAAUGGCUGAAGGCAUAAACACGGCACCGUGUGACUUAUGUGAGGGCCAGCACGAAAUCAGCAGAAAAUGUCUGACGUGUGACGAGUUCAUGUGUGAAAACUGCAGCAGAAUUCAUUUAAAGAGCAGACAGUCUCGCGACCAUGACAUCAUAACCAUCGCUGACUCCGAGAAGUUGACAGCGCUCGUGCCGUACCAACCCCGCGAGGAUUCUAAUCCGGAAAGCGAUGACAUCGAUGAACUAUGCGAGGAACAUUCCGGGGAACUGUGUAUACUUUACUGUGUAACACGUGGAUGUGACUGUCUUGUUUGUCGAGUUUGCAUUUUAGAUUAUCAUCAAGGACACCGUUUCGUUGAGAUUGAUGACAUCCUUACGUCAUUCAAACGUCAAGAGGCAGAGAGAAGUCGAGAGGAAAUCGAGAACAGUAUCUUACCAUAUCUUACCGAUAAAAAAAUGCGGCUGACGACGGCUAGAGAAAGUGUCCUAAACGACAUUCAAGGUAAAAAGGAAACGGUCAAGCACAGAUAUGAGGAACUUCGGAAGGAAUUAGAUAAGCACUAUCAAACAACAUUGUCUGGUCUCGCUGAUGCUGGCAAGGCAAAUGUCGAGGUUAUAGACGCACUAGGAAAGUCUAUAGAUUUUCAUAUAUCACGUCUAAAGUCAACCUUGUCUGUAGGGGAGAAACGUAUUGAGGGCGAAAACGAUGUAGGAGACAUAAAGUACGCUCGUAUGUUAGAAAAUGACAUCGAAAGUACACCAGAAGUGUUAAUUCCAAGUUUUAACAGACUUAUGUUAAAUACGCAUGGAAAUUGCUCAAUUUCCGAUAUCUUUGGGGAUCUUGAAGAAGUUGUCGAAUGUGAACCGGAAGUAAUAGCAAGGUCUUCAACUGGGUUCCCGGAAGUGUCUUCCAUUUGUCCUGUUUCGCCAUUUGCUGCAUGGCAUGGACAUUAUAAGCACAGGGGCAUACAGCUUCUGGAAGUUGACGAAUGUGAACAUCUCGUUCCCGGUGGAGGUUUUGGAAAAUCUGGUGUUUUGAACAUGGCAGCCACGCCAGAGGGCGAUGUGUACAUGGUCAUCUAUGGAAGUAAUGAAGUCCUUAUGCUAAAGACGGACGGUUCAGUUGAAAAGAUUUAUGAUACUCGACCAUUUGUUGCUUUAGGUAUCGCGGUAACCAAAAACAGAGACAUUUUGCUUUGCCUUGCCGAAUCGUACCCAAACGAAAUGAACCCUUCUGGAAAGCGUCGAGUUGCUCGAAUAACCAAUUUCGGUAUUACGCGCCAGAUUAUUGAAAAAGACACAGAGGGACAUGAUAUUUUUGUGUAUCCGUUCCGAGUUGGAGAAAAUAUAAAUGGUGACAUUGGCGUCAUAGAUCACGUGGAUGAUGCUGAAGGAGUGCUAGUUGUUCUGAACUCGGAAGGAACCACGAGGUUUACGUACAACGGUCUGGAACAAAACGAAGGACAGGUUUGUAACUUGACUGACAUAACUUUUGACGGAGAGGGCUGUAUCCUCAUGUCUGAUGUGACUAACCAGUGCGUUCAUAUGCUUUCUAAGGAUGGGAAGUUCUUGCGCUUUAUCGAUGUGUUCAUUUACUACAAUACAAAGUUAUCUCCCACCACGCUCGCUGUGGAUUCUUCGGAAUGUCUCUGGGUUGGAGGUGUAUCCAAACAUAGAUACUUUAAUAGAACAGAUGCCCAUAUUGUGAGAGUCAAAUAUAAAAUGUAACGGCUUGAUAUAUCCUUGGUUUUACAUACGAUUUUGUUCUUCCAAUU